CGCAGGAGGAGAGAGGGCUUUUGUGCUCAGAUCCUGCUUGUGGGUUUCGCAUAGGCAUCUGGUCGGCCACGGUGAGAACAGGAUGCUGGACUGGACAGGCCACUGGCCUCAUCCAGCAGACUCUUCUUAGGGUCAUAUGCUUUGGCUUUAUGGCUGCAUAGAUACGUGGGAAUAACAACCUCGAGUGCAACUUUCCAAAACUUCAUCCUGACUCUUGAAAGCAUCUGACGUAAACAAUGGAAAGUUACUGCCAGACAAUGGGUCUGUUGUGAUGGCUGUGGGGAAUGCGUGGUUUUGCAGGAGAGUCUGGGAUCCCGGGCAAUGUUGUUGCUCCGCCUGCACAGAGCUUCCCCUUUUAUUUCUGUGCCUCAGUUUCUCUCAGUGUGUAAAGAAGUAUGUUUGUCAGGCAGAGAAUUCUCCGUCAGGGGUGCUUCAUUGCAGAGGUAAUACUUGUCAUUGAAAUCCAAGUCAGUGCUGGAUUUGGCAUCAGACCUCAAGCCCCUUGCAGAGUGCUGACACCAGCAAAUUAUCUGGAGGUCAGCCAGUGUUACACAAAGUAGGUAAAAUGCCACCCAAUAGCCAUAGCUUGCCUUGCGAUACCAUGCGUUCCAUCUUGUCCUUUUGUACUUCAGUGGCUGUCGCUCCUUUCCUUUUAUUUUCAAUGUUGAUAUUUUAUUGAAAAGUUUCAAUGACAAAAGAAAUAAAAGUGAAGUGCGUUGGUUGCUGUGCAUGCAAAUAGGUCUGAGAGGUUGGUGAAUGAAUGCCUUUGGGUGCAAGACGGUUUGGACUGGGUGGUCUCUUGAGUACCCCUUCUCUAAUAAAGGCGCAAUGUCACAGUUCUGCAAGUCUAGACACCUUGGCAGGAUUGGAGUUCAGCUCCCAGCAGAUUACACAACCAGAUUGCACCAAGAGAGCUCCCUUCUUUCUCUUCCCCGCUACUGGGAUGUGGGUAGUUUCAUGUGUUGGAUGGGAAAGAGGGGGCCACUGAGAAAAGCUAUGCCACUUGCGGGCAUUACUUCAGGGAAGAGGCACUGCGUGGUCUCGGUUGGCUCACUUUGGCAGCAACUCUGUGCAGGGCAACCAACUUUCCUUCUAAACUUCACCAUCUGGACUCAGAGAAGUCACUUCAUCUCGCUAUUGGGCGUGUGAAAAAAAAGGGGUUUAAAUGUGGGGCUCUUCCAACAUCCUUCCCCUGCCCUGACUCAAAGACAGACUGACAGCUCACAGAUAGCACUGAGUACAGUAUUUCUGUCUGGCUGAGAUGAGAGUCAUAGUUCCAUCCGGAAAAGUUUCCAUCCGGAAAAGUUCAUCUGCUGCUACACGCCCCCAAUGCCUGCUCUGAGCAUGUGUGUGCCUUAAAUUGCUGGGCCUGCAUAGCUGGGUUGCUAUGACGCUUGAGCGCCCUGCAGGACCAGGCAGAGCCACCCGUCACACUUCCCCUUGGCUUCCCCACCCGGCACAGAAAGUUGCCUGCAGCCUUGGCCGUCGUACCUCCCUGGAGGGAGCCCUCUUCUGUGCAGCCUUGCCUGGGCGUCUGUUCCACCUCCCCUGCUUGAUGUCAGAGUGAUUCAGGUGCCAGCGGGGAAGGCAAAAGCAGCAGCGGCAGCUUUGCCUGGAGUGACAGCUUUGAGGCAGACCCUGGAUUUUAAAGACGAGAGCCAGAGCCGCAGUGUGGAGGGUCGCCUGUGCUCUUCCACACUUCCAUGUCCAGCCAGAAGAACCUUUCCAAACUUUUCCUCUCUCCUGGAGAAGAAGCACUUGUGGUUCCGCUUGGGGCAGAAGGCACGCCAAACUCAGCCGCUCCUCUCCUUGUUUUAUUCCACCGGGUCCAUCUACGCUUUGGAGGAACGCUGCCUUGCUAUCUGAGCAGGCGGAGGAAGGGGUUGAGAGGAGCAGACCCCUCCGAGUCUCACCGUUCUCCACAACUGGAUCUCCUACCGAAGGAAGCCUGUGGGGGGAGAGAGGCGAGGGGUGCCUCCUUGCAGCAUGCGGAAUUCCUACACGGUCACCCUCCCCGAAGAGCCCCCCACCUCGCCUUUCUCUGGCAUGCCAAAGGAGCUGCGGACCAAGACUCCCAUGCCAGGAUCCCUGCUGGUCUCUGCCUUUGUGGGUCUGGUGCUCAAUAAAACCAAGAAUUCCAAAACCGUGCAGGGCCUGACCGGCCUCCGGAACCUCGGCAACACUUGUUUUAUGAACUCAAUCCUGCAGUGUCUGAGCAACACCAAAGAGCUCCGAGAUUACUGUUUGCAGAACCAGUACGUCCACGACCUGAACAACAAAAGCCGCAUGCAGAUGGCCCUCAUGGCUGAGUUUGCCAAGCUCAUCCAGGCAUUAUGGACAUCAUCCCCCAAUGAAUCCGUGAGUCCUUCUGAAUUCAAGACACAGAUUCAAAGAUACGCGCCCCGCUUUGUUGGUUACAACCAGCAAGACGCACAGGAGUUCCUGCGGUUUCUCCUUGAUGGGCUCCACAGUGAGGUGAACCGAGUGCUGGUGAGGCCCAAAGGCAACCAAGACAGCCUAGACCAUCUCACAGAUGAUGAAAAGGGCAGGCAGAUGUGGAUGAAAUACCUGGCAAGAGAAGACAGCCGGAUUGGGGAUCUCUUCGUUGGGCAACUCAAGAGUUCUCUGACGUGCAGUGAGUGUGGCUACUGCUCAACAGCCUUUGAUCCCUUCUGGGACCUUUCACUACCCAUUGCUAAGAAGAACUACGGGGAGGUGAACUUGAUUGACUGCAUGUAUCUCUUCACCAAGGAGGACAUCCUAGACGGAGAUGAGAAACCAACCUGCUGCCGCUGCAAAGCCAGAACAAAAUGCAUGAAAAAAUUCAGCAUCCAGAGGUUCCCAAAGAUUUUAGUGUUGCACCUGAAGCGUUUCUCUGAAGCAAGGAUGCGAUCCAGCAAGCUCACCACGUUCGUUAAUUUCCCACUCAAGGACUUGGACCUGAGGGAAUUUGCAUCCCAAAACUGCAAUCAUGCUAUUUACAACCUGUACGCCGUCUCCAAUCACAGCGGGACCACAAUGGGAGGUCACUACACAGCAUACUGCAAAAACCCUGUGUCCGGAGAGUGGCAUGCCUUCAAUGACUCACGCGUGACACCGCUCUCCUCAAGCCACGUCCGGAGCAGCGACGCCUACCUGCUUUUCUACGAGCUGGCCAGCCCGUCUUCGCGCAUGUAGCUUCCACAUGCCCUCCCCUCCACCACAAACCAUUGAGGAAAAAAGGAAGAGAGCCAAGCAUCAGCUCUCUGAUGAAAAAAAAAAAGGAAAAGAAAAAAAGGAGGGAGGGACAGAACCCAGGACAAUGGUGAC